AUGUUGGGAACCAGCUAUUACGUGGAUUCGCGUGUUCUUCCCGAGCAGGAAGAUUUGGCACCGAGCUGCUUCUCAUCAUCUGCAGGGGUGGAGCACUCGAUGUUGAGUGAAUAUGGCGGACACGAUUCUCUGCCUUUACAGGGCAAAUCUGCUAUUUUCGGGGGAUCGUGGGGUCCGGUCGCGACCCCCAGUGCGUCCACGCCGACUUAUAUCCACCAGCAUUACACGAGUGGGGAGAGCCACGAUGGCAUGUUUGCGCGCUCCUGGGCGCUGGAGCCGGUGUCUGCGCCCCUGUGUUUGGCUGGACUUCCACCCACACCCACGCACUAUGAGAUCAAACCCGAACCUGUGAUUGGGAGCGGAGAGUGCACGACUCUGGAGACGCACACACCUCUUUUGUCUGACACGGAAAAUGGAGCGAAUGUUGCGGAUGUUCCCUGCGAAACGACCUCGUCGUCCAAACCCGCGGAGAGUCCGUCAGUGGAGGACAAGACUGAUGCGAAUAACCCGUCGACCAACUGGCUCCACGCAAAGCCCACCAGGAAAAAGCGCUGCCCCUACACCAAGCACCAGAUCUUGGAGCUGGAGAAGGAGUUUCUCUUUAACAUGUACCUGCCGCGGGACCGCAGGUACGAAGUCGCCAGAGUCCUGAAUUUGACGGAGAGACAAGUGAAAAUCUGGUUUCAGAACCGCAGGAUGAAGAUGAAGAAAGACAACAAAGACCGACACAGGGACGGUUAAGGAUUAUCACAUGGAUUAGAUUUCCAACUCUCCCUUUUGUGUAUAGUUGUUGUUUCGCUUUUGGUCUCGUUUCCCCCGUCGUUGUUCGUGAGUGGACAGGCCUCACUUUAGUCGGUUUUACGCACACAGAUCGUGACCUCUAGGCCGUGUCUCGUUGCAUGAAAAUGAUCUCCUAACUACCUGGAUGUGUCUCGGCUA